AGGGCCACACUUCCGGGCGCGGCUUCUCUUCCGCCAGCUGGGGCGAGUUCCAGCCUUUGACGCUGCGGGUGCUGCGUGGCCUGCGGGGCGUGGCGGUGCCCGCAUCUUGGUCUGCGUGAACGAGCACCUCCGGUCAAGCCUGUCACCCGUGCCUUCCCAGCACAGCGACUGCAGAUGAGGGAGUCCCCGAGUUGAGUGUCCCAGCGAUGGCUACUCCCUGGAGGUGCGCCCUGUGGAUGAUCCUGGUGUCCCAGGUGGUGACCCUGGUAAAAUGUUUGGAAGACGACGACGUCCCGGAAGAGUGGCUCCUUCUGCACGUGGUCCAGGGCCAAAUAGGAGCCGGGAAUUACAGCUACUUGCGGUUGAACCACGAGGGUAAAAUUAUUCUCAGGAUGCAGAGCCUGAGCGGGGAUGCGGACCUGUACGUGUCUGACAGCACUCCGCACCCAAGCUUCGAUGACUAUGAGCUGCAGUCUGUCACUUGCGGCCAGGACGUGGUCUCUAUACCGGCACACUUCCAGCGGCCGGUCGGGAUAGGGAUUUAUGGACACCCAUCUCACCAUGAGAGUGACUUUGAGAUGAGGGUGUACUAUGACAGAACUGUGGAUCAGUACCCAUUCGGAGAGGCUGCCUAUGCGGCUGACACAACAGGAGCCAGUCAGAAGCAGGCUUAUGCUCCCGAGGAGGCAGCCCAAGAAGAGGAGUCAGUCCUCUGGACGAUAUUGAUUAGCAUUUUGAAAUUGGUGCUUGAAAUUCUCUUCUGAUUCCUUGAAUAUGCUGGAGCACAAACCAUUUUUGCACGGAUCGAUUACAGUUUGCUGCGAACCUUGCUACUUGAUCUGGUCAAAUUCUGGUUACCUUUUUCUAGACUAGGAUGGAAAAAUAAAGCCAUACAGUUUUGUUACCUCCGUUUACUCCCAAGCAGGAAAAGCAGCAAGCACAAUAUUUUAGAGAUUAAAAUUCCUAUAAAAAGGAGUCUGCUCAAUAAAAUGUUUAAUUACAUUUUGGUUAGGUGAGUAAAAAGAUUACAGUAACAGGCUGUAUAAAUCAGAUUAAACUUUCCUGCUGGUGCAGAAGUUGAUAACUGUAGGAUUUAUUCUAUAGACAUUUAAAUGAAGUACAGAACUUCGAGUUUUAAAUAGGUACUAUAUAGCCAGGUUGGAAAUGCAGUGACAGCUUCGCCCUUCCCAGAGCCUCUACACAGUAGGGAUAUGGUACCUGAUACCCAAGCAAGCUUUCCUGGCAGCAAGUAUUUAUAAAUUGUUGCUGUGCCAGUGAUGACAGAUUCCAAAUCCAGUUGUACCAGAGGCCAUUUGCCCUUUCCUCUGCUUAGCUAGAUUGGAGCUCUCUGGUUAUUAGGUAACUAAUACUACCUAAUCAGGUCAAGACAGAGUCUUAACAAGUGGUAACUUUGUUAUAUUCAAGAAGAAAUAUUUCAAAUUAAGUUGCUACCUCUUUCUGCUGAUCUCUGGAAAAAGACAACACUACGAAAUUAAAGUCUGGGGAAAUGAGCCAUUUCUCUGACUUUGAAGUUGCUAAUAAAGAAAUAAAUCAACUUGA